CUGUGGGCGCGGUUUCCCUCGUUACCGUGCGCCUGUUUGGGCACGCACACGCGUGAAGGCUGCUGGUUUCUGAUCUCACGGAGGCCGCGUAAUUGACCGAACGCUGCGUCACUCUUGUGACGUCACGGUCACGACACCAUAUUCCCCGCCUUGCAGCUGACGCCCGUAACCCGAGGGUGAACACAACAAUAACAACGUGUCGCUACCAUCAGACGGGGCCCGGGGCUCAUAGCGGCCGUGUCACCGGCUCUAGCUGAGUAUAUCCUUUCCUGUACCAAAGAAAUGGUGAUGGAGAAGCCAAGUCCCCUGCUUGUAGGGCGGGAGUUUGUCAGACAAUACUACACCCUUCUAAAUAAAGCGCCAGACUUUUUGCACAGGUUUUAUGGAAGGAACUCUUCUUAUGUGCAUGGAGGAUUGGAUGCAAGUGGAAAACCUCAAGACGCAGUGUAUGGCCAGGCGGAGAUUCACAAGAAGGUGAUGUCCCUUCAGUUCAGUGAAUGUCGCACAAAGAUCCGUCAUGUUGAUGCACAUGCUACCUUGAGUGAUGGAGUUGUUGUCCAAGUUAUGGGGGAACUUUCCAACAAUGGACAGCCAAUGCGAAAAUUCAUGCAGACCUUUGUCCUUGCUCCAGAAGGCUCUGUUCCAAAUAAAUUCUAUGUUCAUAAUGACAUCUUUCGCUAUGAGGAUGAAGUCUUUGGUGAUUCCGAAGCAGAGAUGGAUGAAGAAUCUGAGGAGGAAGUAGAAGAAGAACAAGAAGAAAGACAGCCAUCACCUGAGCCAGUUCAAGACAAUACAAACAAUGCAUAUUAUGAUGCCCAUCCAGUGUCCAAUGGAGUAGAAGAAUCCUUGGAAGAGCCUAUCAAUGAGCCAGAGCCUGAACCAGAACCCGAAGUGAAGGAGGAAAUAAAACCUGAGCAAGAAGAAAAGAACAUAGAAGAACUUGAAGAAAAAUCUCCAACACCACCUCCUGCUGAGCCAGUUGCUCUUCCACAAGAACCUCCUAAGGCUUUUUCGUGGGCAUCAGUGACCAGUAAAAACCUGCCUCCCAGUGGGACUGUCCCAUCAUCGGGUUUUCCACCCCAUGUAAUAAAAGCUCCGGCCUCACAGACACGUGCUGAAAGUAAACCAGAAACUCAAGUUCAGCCUCCUCGUACACGGGAACAACGUCCACGUGAGCGUCCAACAUUUCAGCCAAGGGGUCCAAGAUCAGGUCGGGACACAGAACAAGGGGAUUCUGAUAACCGUCGCAUGUUCCGCUAUCCUGACAGCCACCAGCUAUUUGUUGGGAACUUACCUCACGAUAUUGAUGAAAGUGAACUGAAGGAGUUUUUUAUGAGUUAUGGAAAUGUGAUGGAACUCCGCAUUAAUACCAAAGGUGUUGGCGGGAAACUUCCCAACUUUGGUUUUGUCGUGUUUGAUGAUUCUGAACCUGUUCAAAGGAUUUUGCUUGCAAAACCAAUUAUGUUCCGUGGUGAAGUUCGGCUGAAUGUUGAAGAAAAGAAAACUAGGGCUGCCCGUGAAAGGGAGACUCGUGGCGGCGAUGACCGUAGAGAUGUGCGUCGCAAUGACCGUGGUGCUGGGGGACCUCGUGGAAUCAUUGGUGGAGGGAUGAUGCGUGAUAGGGAUGGGAGAGGCCCCCCUCCACGAGGUGGGAUGGCACAAAAGCUGAAUACAGGAAGAGGAUCAGCAUCUAUGGAGGGCCGUUUCACUGGCCAACGUCGCUGAAAAUCAUUAACACAAAGUCCAAUCUACAGUGGUACAUUAUUCGUCGUGUUUGCAUUCUUGUUAAUUUUUAGCUUUGGAAUGUGACACAGCCUUCUUUUUUUCACCCCUUUCUUCCCCAUAAGUUCUUUGAUGUGGAAACAUCUUUUUGUUUGCAGUUUUCAAUUGAGGUGAAUUUUUUUUUUUCUGUUUUUUUCCCAACAGAAAUUUAAAAUGUUAAUUUAUACAUCCCAACUUGCUGACUGAGAUGACCAUUAGCACUGCAAGUAUUUCCAAGGACACUGGAGGCCCAUGUCCUAAUAGAGUUCUGUUGCACUUUGCAAGUAUUAUGGUUUCUUUAUUGGAAACAAAAGUAGUGCAGUGUUUCUCCCUACCCCUAGUACCUGUGUCAAUGAAGGAACGAACGGUUAAUUACGCAUCAGACCCACAAAAGAGCUUCUACCAUGAACACAUAAUAAGUUUGUGAGGUGAUGGCAUUUGGUCUGUUACCACAAAGAACCUGUGCUGUGCAUAUCAAUAGUCCGUCCUCUGGAGUUUAAAUAAAUUCUGAACUUAACCCUAACCUGACUUCAGAGGGUAUGAUCAGAAGUAGUCAAAUGUUUAACAGUGAAGAAUUAUUGCACUUGCCCAUCUGUACUACAAGCUGGCAGGCUGUUCUUGUGACUGCAGCCUGCCCGCCAAGCCCUUUUUUCCAGCUUUGUACAGCAAAACGACAUACAAAAGUGUACUCAAUUGUAUUUAGUUCUCUGGUAAUGUAAUAAGCAUGACGGUGCCUUCUAUGAAUACAUCAUUCCAGUCCUUGCUGGUGAUUUUGUACAGUGAAUGAUUUACUGUGCUGCAAAGCCAAACUGCUUCAGUACAUUCAAGAUUCUGCCUAACCAAACUGCAGUAUGUGUACAUCAGUAGAUUUUUUUUUCUUAUAUAUAUAUUUUUUCUUUUCCAUCGUAACUACCAUUGGUAUACAGUUACCAAUAGUGGAGGGGGGCUACAGUGUGCAAGGAGGACUAAUGGUCUUGUCUCUGUUUGAAGCCCUAACUGUAACUCCCGUAAGUGCAUAUAAAGUGGAUGAUCUGUAAAUGGUGCCCUGCAAAUGUCCAGUCGCACAUCUCUGUUAACCGCUUCACAUCCUAUUGGACUUGGAAGCAGAGGAAUUCCGUCCGUGCUCCUAUAAACAAACAGCAGCUCUAAGUGUAUUGCACUUUAUAUUCUAAUACAGGGUCAUUUUCUAAAAUUUUUCAUUUCACUUUUUUAUUUUUUUCUUCCUUAUUUUGCACAAUGUUUGAAGAAACUGUCCUGAAAUGCAUUUCUCAUAGCCUAGGAGAAAAGUUUUCCCCAUUGCUCUUUUUGAUAUUUGUUGCACGUGUCUUCAAGCGGAAAUGUGGGAUUGCACAGUUUUGGGACAGUUGCCUGCCUAUAACAAUACAUUCCAUUAAACGAUCAAUGUAGCAGAAGAUACCGACCUGCAGUAGUCACUUUCAGUGAUGACUUUGAAGGACAAAGUGUGAACACUUAAAGCUGCCUCUGGAAGCGCAGGAAACCUUUAAAAUCCAUACUAGCAAAAAUGCACAUGGAGUAACAUGCUGCUUUUGACUUAUGCAACUGUUUGCUGAGCCUCUUGAAACUAAUGAUUGUGCACAAGGUAUUCUCCAGUCCACUAGGCAAAAUCAGACUCUUGCAUAUGUCAGGUUUGUUUUUUUUUUUUUUUUUUGUUUUUGGGGUUUUUCUUUCUUUACCGUUUUCCCUUUACUUUGUCACUUGACGUCUUCUGCUUUUGAUAGCAAGUCUUGCACUAUUUCAUACAUUUCUGGGACACAGAUUUCUCAUGGUUAUAAUUUUAUAUAUACAUAUAUAUAUUUUGUGUUAUAAAAGUUUUACAUUUGCAAUCUGUUACCUGGAAGUAUUGUACUUGAAUUCCCUAGUAUACAACAAUGCUUGGACUGGUUUUUCAUGUCAUUCCAAUGUAUCCAAGGGAAAGUUUGCCAGCAUUUUUUUUUUUCCUUUUUAAUUAUUCUUUCUGAUUAUAAUUUUUUUUUUUUUUUGUCCCCCUGUUAUUGUUUGAACCCCUGUCACAACCAGAACUGUCUGAUGGCAAAUAGAACGGGACUGAGUAUAACAUACCGUACUAGAGGAGCAUCAGAGCCAUUAAGCUUUCAAGUCUGCUUCAUAUUUGAAUACCUUGAAUAAACCUUAUACAUCUGAAAUGUUUACUUGGUGACUGUUCACCUACUUUAUUGUGUACAUUUAAGUGUUAUUGUCUUAAUCUCUCAGUAAAUGUACCUCAUCCAACAUGGCCACAUUCUCCCCUUUUCAUUGUGUUGGGCAGUUGGUUUAUUGUAGUAACCUAUCAUCAUUGCACUUCUGUUUCAGCGCAAUUGGCGUAGUAUGGUUACCUAGCUGUAGAGGACAGUGGUGAAGAUUUUUUUUUGUUUUUCCAUCCUUAUUGCUGUAAUGUGUUAAACAUUAUGCCAGUAGAAUAUAGUCCUUUUUGGAUAGUAUUUUUACUUCAGUUUCCAUAUUUUGAAUGUGUUGAAACUAAAACGUUUGACAAUAAACUACUGAUGUCUACAGCGUG